AAGAGAUGUUCAGCACCAAGUCGCAGGAAAGCGCCCCUGGUCAGACAGAGCGCCGGAUGGGGCUGGGGACAAAAAGCAGCUUCUCACAGGACCUUUUGUGUCGUUUAAAGUGGGCGACAAGCAUAUGAACAUUAGCAGAGACAUUGUGGCCUAGUGGAGAUUGGGCAAAGUACAGAGAUGAAGGCCUUCAGCAGAAGAAACAGCAGUUGGAAGAAGUCAUAGAGGAUUUGGAGGAGAAGCUUUCUCGCUCCAUAAAAAUGGCUGCACAAUCCCCAACAGUCAGUGAGCUUCCCUUGGAGGAGCUACUGGCUUUGUAUGGAUAUCAAGUAUCCAAUCCACAGAAGGAAACAUGUCCUAUUACCACCACUCUGCCAGAUAUGACCCUGGAUGAGGAUCAGAAGACGAAGGACCUGUUUCAUGGCAAGAAAGAGAAACAAGCGUCAGCCUAUGAUCUCACCUCCUCAAACACCUCAGAUUUGCUGCCCAGCCUCCAGGACGGCUACAAAGCGACGACUGUCAGCUCAUCAGACGACGACACUGAUGAUUCUUCUGUUCCAUCCAAUGAAGAGCACAAGGAGAUUAUGGUCGGCUCCAUGUAUCAAGCAAAAAUCCCACCAAUAAAUCCACAUUUAUCUGAGGAGAGAGCUUACAACAAUGGCGACCAGUUGCUGUGGAGGCCCGGGGUUUUGCCUGUACAGGAAGUAGAGGAAUUUUUGCAGAAUGCACAGAGACUUGGCGGCCAGGAGGGGGCGGUAUGGACCCCAACGGCCACUGUCCAAGACAAUGAGCAGGCACUGUAUGAACUAGUGAAAUGCAACUUCAAUGCAGAAGAAGCACUGAGACGGUUACGUUUCAAUGUGAAAGUAUUCAGUGAGGAACUGUGUUCUUGGAGCGAGGAGGAGUGUAGGAACUUUGAGAAUGGCUACCGUGUUUAUGGGAAAAACUUCCAUCUCAUUCAGGCUAAUAAGGUACGAACUCGCUCCGUCGGUGAGUGUGUGGCUUAUUACUACAUGUGGAAGAAAUCGGAGCGCCACAUGUUCUUCACCCAGCAGGCCACAAGGGUGAGCCGAAAAAAGUACAUCAUGCAGUCAGAGAACAUUGAGGAUGGAGACCAGGAUGGAGAGGGUGGAGAUCUCGAGGGAAGCAACAAUUCCUUGGGGUUACUGUCACAGAUCUCAAUAACCUCUGGACAAAUGGAGUCCCGGUUUCCUUCAAGUACAAGUCUGGAUCUAAACAAACAAGACGGUGAGCUGGUGAUGAGUCUGUCCGAGCUGUGUCCCGACGAAUGUCCUCAGCAGCUCUUCGACUGUCCGUUCUCUUACCCAUCCGUGGACGAGCUUGGAGACGCUGACUCGAAUCGUCCCUUGGCUCCGGUUCAGUUCCAGUCUCAGCCCUCUGACCAGUGCUCCGAGUGGGGCCGUGGAAACCUGCCGUACCGCCUCGACGACGACGACCACGGCUUCCUGAACUCCUGCUUCUAUCACCUGCAGAUGCACGGCAGGCCCUUUGUUUCUGACGGCACCGGUUGCGGUGCGGCAGGCGGUGGGACUCACGCCUCCCGCAGGCCGCCGGUGGAAUUUAACCUUCCCUCCACCUCGGCUUCCUCCCCCGCCGUUCUCUCAUCAAGCUUCCAGGCGUUUGGCAGCCUGCUGCACCCUUAGCCCUUUUAACAUUUUGGCAGAGUGGAACGCACACGGAAAUAUAUCAGCCGUUUACUCGCUCUGCAGACAGAUGUUUAAUUGGUCAAACAGUUUUUACAUCUGAAAAAGUUGGAGCUGUUGCUCUGGAGGAGGCCUUACCAUCAACGUCCGUCUGUUGUUGAAUGCUGAGUGUUUAAUUUAUGCCUGUCAACCGUCGAUGGAGUGUAUAUCUAUUAAUUACAAUUUGUAAAAGCACAGUGUAGGGGAUGAAAGCUGCAGACCAGUUUUCUAAAUCGCAUCCAUUCUCUCACAGUCGUAACUUAUUCAGUUUCUUUUUUCAUUUUUAUCGUCAUUAUUACUGGGAAGGAAAAGUUGGGCAAAAGAGCCAGCAACUCGUUUGUCUUUUCUUCGAUCACUUUUAUUGCUGCUGUUGUUUUCAUCACACACAUCAGAUGCUCAGUCUUGGCAAGUUUUUUUGUCUGGAACAUAAAUUGGGAAUUAUCUUCCCUCCUCUCCCUGCACCCUGCCUGUUGUGUUUUCUAGCAGAACUUUUUCAAAUUUACAAUAAAACCUGUAACAAAAUUGUAUAUAUAGAUUUGUUUUAAACAUGAAGACACUAAGGAGCUCUAUAAUUUCUUAAAGCUUUCAUUCUACCCAUUUUAAGAAGUUGAUUAAAUUGUACUUGACAUGCAUGAAUCAAUUGGCUGGAGCACUCAGACAAAUUUGACCCUGAUUGUCAAGUCAAAACCUUUAAAAUCUGUUUUUUUUUUUUCAUUUUAAUAAAUGCAUAAUAAUGAGCAAUUUUCUGUCUACAAGUGCAUCAAUCAACAACAUGAUCUCUGCUGCACGAGUCGGCAUCAGCUUCUUUAUCUGAUUUUUGGUUAAUCAGAUACAAAUUAGGGAGCUAUGCUUUAAUUUUAGAAGUAGGGAUACUGGAAAAAAUCUUAUUGGUGCAUUGUUUUCCUUUUUUUUUUUUUUUUACAUCAAACACAAUAUAAACAGGUUCAUGUAUCACUGACUUCUGUGUCUCCGUGUGCAGUUUCAGUUCCUUCAAGAUCAUUGUGUACCCUGGCAUUCAAUGAAGCACUCAUCCUUGAACGGCUUCAUGUUUAAGGAUGAAUGUUCUGGUCUGAUGUUCUCUUCUCCUUUGUUUUCAUUUGGUUCACAUUCCUUUGAGCCAAGGAGUGACCUGUCCUUGAUUUCCAACCUGAACUUCUUGGUUUCUGUCUGGGCUUUAUUUAUUAUGAGCUGAAUACUCCCAAUCUUCUUUUUUUUUUUUUCUUUUUUUUAAGUAAAAGGGAAAAAAAAGAACAACUGAGUUAUGCACAUUUGCUAAUUGACUUUGGGAUCGUUAUUCCAUCAGAUUAUGUUUCAGGAGUGAAAUUGCUCUGGUUUAAUUGAUAACAUAAAACAGCUCUUGUUUUCAAUCCCUGCUGUUUGCUUUUUGAAUUACAAAAAAGCCUGAAUGAAGCUAACUUUUUUUAAAAAUAAACAAACAGCAGCACUCAGGAAAUGUAUGUAGAGUAAAACUUGUUGUUCGUGUCUGACUGGGACAAGCAAUGUCUGUACACUUUAUUUGCUUAUUUAUCUAAUAAUGGUAUUAAGAGUUAAAAUGCCCUUUUUUUUAGUCAUGUUCAUAUUGUUUAUAUUUACGUGUUGCUGCAUUUUGCUGACUUUAAAAGUGCAAAAGACUCCACAGAUGAAUUGGACUCACUUCGUCUGCCUUCACUCGUUUUUUAUUUCCUUUUCUAACUGGCUGUAUGAUCCAUUUUCAAAUCAGAGUCCGUCUUUUUAUUUUAUUUUGUUUUUAAAAACAAAGGUGAAGUUGAGGCAAGACGGUGACGACAGAAAAAAAAAACGAGCUGAAAUCUUUUAUUUCUUUUUGUUCUUAUGAAUAUAUAUAGGUACAUACGUGUAUUCAAAUUAUACUUUCAUCAUAUUUCUUUUUGAACAUAUUUUGUAAAUAAAAAUGUGAAAUUAAACUUACCAUGUAAACAUUAAACUGUAGUGUUAUUUAAAUCAAUCUGAAAUGAUGUCAUCUGAUCUACUUGCAGAGUCCUGGCAUUUGCUUCAUUCGGUCCCUUUACCGAAAGACGUAGUUUGGAUGGAGAGGUUAAAAAGAAUGGAAAACGAUUUCAUUUUGCAAAGAUAGAAAUCACAAUUUAAUCCAGUUUCACCAUUCAGUUUACUUUAGUAAGACUUAUCAGAAUCCCACAUCUUGGUUCGUCAAUAGAAAGUUAGAAACGUUUA